CUCUGUGUUGUGAGCGUCACUUGCUGAACAAAUGGCUACAGCUGCAGCAACAACAGACUCUAGAUGGGAAACGGUGUUGAAGCCUCAUCUAGUGUCUGUGGCUGAGAUGUUGUGUCCACUUCGGAAUCGACUUCCUCCAAGGCUAUAUAGUCGUGACCUUAUUAAUGGAGAUGAAGAGGAACGUUUCACCAAGUCAACUAAGUCAGAAACGGACUUGGCUUUGGAAAUUUUAACUGUGCUUCGUAAACAAGGUCCCGGAUCAUUUGACAAAUUCUGCGAAGUACUUUUGGAGCCUAAAGAUAAGACAUUGGGUGAAUUGGAAAGACUUCUUCGACCAAUCAGCAUUAAGAAGUGUGGUUCUGAUGACACCAUGUCUGAGCAGAAACUGAAUCGAAAAUCUGUUCAAAUUUUGGUGGAAGAAAGUUUAUUAGAAGACUUUAAGGAACGAGAAUUUGGGAAACAACUAAAGCUUGCUUUGUUUCAUGGACUUGGGAUUCCAAAAGAAUCUAUUAUAUCAUAUCCAGCGUGUCAUCAAUUCAAUUAUUCAGAGAGAGAAUGGAUUCAUGUAGUUCAUGUUGCCAACAAAGCUUUGAUUAAAGUUGUUGUCAGUGGAGUUGAGAAAGCUGAGGUUGAAAGACACGCCAACACGAUACUUAAUCUUCUCUCUCUAGAAACGGGAGUCAAGGAUUCAGAAAUAGAAAUUGUUCAAAUUUUGUCUUGUAACAGUUGUCUGCUAGUCAUUUGGUUACCAGGACUGGCAAUGGUGCAGCUCAUCAUUGCUUUCUUCAGUUCGCAGACAAGGCCAGCAUUUUGCCAACGUUUUGCAAAAAUUUUGCCUGGAGCAUUUGAAGUCACAUUUGGGUUUGCCUUGCUUCCAGAUUGUUCAGCAGAGUUACCAUCAUCACACUUAAUACCAAACUCUGGAGAUAACCCCUCACAUUUUACCAAAGAUUGUUCAGUGGAGUUACCAUCAUUGCACUCAGUACCAAAGUCUGGAGAUGGCCCCUCACAUCUUACUAGACAGCCACAAAAAGGAAUUGCUCCGGCAACCAUGGCAGCUACUGUCGAUAAGAAAACUGGGGAGAUUGAAGCAUCCCGAGAUCUAGGUUUAUCUGGACAAGAAUCUGCUAGGCAUGGGUCACUAGAAGCAACUGAGGUCGAGAAAUUUGUGGCUCUCUGUUGGACAAAAUUUGGAGAAGCUCUUAGAAGUAGAUGUCUUCCAAGCAAGUUGGCUGAAACUAACCAUCGAAAUUUAUCAGCGUUUAUAAUGACAUCACAAGAUGACGGUGGUACACGUGACCAACAGGUGGUUGCUCUGGCGACAGGAACGCAGUGUAUUUUGAAAAAUACCUCACUGAAUCAUGCAAUGGUUCAGCAAUCAACGACUGUCAUGCUGAAAUUGUCUGUAGGCGUGCACUCAUUCGUUUUCUCUAUUCACAGCUUCACAAAGCAUUAGAAUCGGACAAGCCUGA